AUGGAAAGUAAAACAUCAGAAGAAAUAAACAAAAGAGGACGAAGUAGAACACUCAAUUCAGAAGAGAAAUUCUUUCUUGUACUGGUUCGACUAAGAUAUGCUUUCCCGCUGGAAGAAUUAGCAAUCAGAAUUCUCACUAUUUUGGCUACUAAAAAAACCGUACAAGAUACAAUGCCGAACUGUUUCAAAAAAGAAUAUCCAAGUACGCGUGUUAUUUUAGAUUGCACACAAAUUUUUAUCGAAAUGCCGACAUCUUAUCGUAGCCAGUCUGCUACAUUCUCCAGUUAUAAACAUCAUAACACCGCAAAAGGACUAGUCGGGAUAGCACCAAAUGGAGCAGUAACGUUUGUAUCUGAUUUGUAUGCUGGUCGAUUUUCAGAUAAAAAAAUAACUAAGAACAGCGGUAUAUAUAACUUGCUACAGAAUGGUGACUCAGUUAUGGCGGACAGAGGUUUUGAACUUGAUGAUGAUCUUCCGGAAGGUAUACCACUGAAUAUACCACUUUUUCUGAAUGGAAAAUCACAGGUGAGCUUGGAAGAGGAAAAUGAAACCAGACGAAUUGCAUCUGUUCGAGUACAUGUUGAGAGAGCGAUAGAGAGAGUAUAA